AUGGCGCAGUUGCAGGUUCAGCCGCAGGCACCGCAUUCUGGUACUGGCCCGGCGGGCAAUGGCGUCGUUGGCAGCCAGUUUCCGACGACGUCGCUGUAUGUUGGAGACCUUGAGUUGAAUGUGACGGAUUCGCAAUUGUUCGAUCUGUUCAGCCAGGUCGGCCCCGUGGUGUCUGUUCGUGUUUGUAGGGAUGCUAACUCCCGACGCUCGCUUGGUUAUGCGUAUGUGAACUAUAGCAACGCCAUGGAUGCAUUGAGGGCUAUGGAAGUUUUGAACUUCACUCCAGUUAACAAUAAACCUAUUCGAAUAAUGUACUCAAACCGUGACCCUAGCAGUCGCAAAAGUGGGGCAGCUAAUAUAUUUAUUAAGAAUUUGGACAAGACAAUAGACAACAAAGCUCUUUAUGAUACAUUUUCUGUGUUUGGCAAUAUACUCUCCUGCAAGGUUGCUAUUGAUCCAAGUGGCCAAUCUAAAGGGUAUGGCUUUGUUCAAUUUGAUCAAGAGGAGGCUGCACUAAAUGCAAUUGAAAAACUCAAUGGCAUGCUUCUAAAUGAUAAACAAGUCUUUGUCGGGCCUUUCCUACGUAAGCAGGAAAGAGAGAAUGCUGCAGACAAGGCAAAAUUUACGAAUGUUUUUGUUAAAAAUCUCUCAGAGUCUACAACAGAUGAUGAUAUUAAAGAGGCUUUUGGUAAGUUUGGCAAUAUUACCAGUGCAGUAGUAAUGAGAGACUCUGAAGGCAAAUCAAAAUGCUUUGGAUUUGUCAAUUUUGAGCUUCCUGAAGAUGCUGCUAGAGCAGUCCAGGAGCUAAAUGGGAAGAAAGUUGAUGAUAAGGACUGGUAUGUUGGAAGAGCACAAAAGAAAUCGGAAAGAGAGACUGAGUUGAAAGGCAGGUUUGAGCAAAGUAUUAAAGAGGCCGUGGAUAAAUAUCAAGGUGUGAAUUUAUAUUUGAAAAACUUGGAUGAUAGCAUCAGUGAUGACAAACUUAAAGACUUGUUCUCUGAGUUUGGUACAAUCACUUCAUGCAAGGUUAUGCGGGAUCCAAGUGGUGUAAGCAGAGGAUCUGGGUUUGUUGCUUUCUCAACGCCUGAAGAAGCAUCUCGAGCUCUUGCUGAAAUGAAUGGCAAAAUGAUUGGUGGAAAACCUUUGUAUGUUGCACUCGCACAGCGUAAGGAAGAACGUAGAGCCAGACUCCAGGCUCAAUUUUCACAAAUGCGGCCAUUAGCUAUGGCACCUGCACCUCGCAUUCCGAUGUAUGCGCCAGGUACGCCUGGUAUGGGACAACAAGUAUUUUAUGGUCAAGGCCCACCUGCUCUUAUCCCUCCACAGCCUGGAUUUGGAUACCAGCAGCCACUUGUUCCUGGGAUGCGACCAGGGGGUCCUAUGCCAAACUUCUUUAUGCCAUUAGUCCAACAAGGCCAACAGAACCCACGUCCAGGUGGUAGACGUGCUGGAGCCGGUCCUGUGCAACAGACACAGCAGACUGUACCACUACUUCAGCAACAGAUGUUUCCCAGGGGGGGACGUGUUUACCGUUACCCUGGUCGAGGCAUGUCUGAUGUUCCGAUGCCAGGUGUAGCUGGGGGAAUGUUAUCCGUUCCUUAUGAAAUGGGAGGCCUGCCAAUGAGAGAUACUGGCAUGUCGCAGCCUAUUCCUAUCGGAGCAUUAGCUUCUGCUCUUGCAAAUUCUUCUCCUGAGCAGCAGAGGACGAUGCUCGGAGAAAAUCUAUAUCCGCUUGUGGAGCAGCUAGAACCUGAACAUGCGGCCAAAGUGACAGGAAUGCUCUUGGAAAUGGAUCAGACAGAGGUCCUACAUUUGCUGGAAUCCCCAGAUGCUUUAAAAGCUAAGGUCGCUGAGGCCUUGGAAGUUCUGAGGAGCGUCACACAACAGCAACAGCCUAAUGCUCCUUCCGAUCACCUGGCUGCACUUAGCUUGAAUGAUGGCAUCGUUUCUUGAGUUCAUAAGAGUUUUUUGAGUGUUAGAUUGGAGCGGUUGGUUUGACACUGUGAGCGAACCUGUCAGUAGUGUUGGCUCUGAAUUUUUGUUACACUGUUUUUUUAAGAACUUGUACUGAUGAUUGGGGUUGUGACUAAUCUGGUAAAAACCACUGAAUCAUUUUGGCACUGUUAAAGUAGCUUGUGCUUACUAACCUAUUUAUCAAUUUACGUUGGUUGGAAAUUUUCAA